AUGUCUAGAGAUCCUCGAGCAACAGCAGAAAGAACCAACAGAAACGUAAGAGCAUUCGAAGAUUUCCUCCAAGGUUGGUUUGUUCGUCAAGAACAUUACCUGGAAGAGCUCCGAUCAACUCUAGCAACUUCUCACGAAUCUAAAGAAGAAGAUCUUCGAGAUUUAAUCACACGUGUCCUCGUUCAUUACCAGGAAUACUUCGAGGAAAAAUCCCGAAUUGCGAAUUAUGACGUUUUCCUCGUUUUCUGCCCGCCGUGGUGUUCCUCAUUGGAGCGGAGUUUUUUCUGGAUCGCCGGCGUUAAACCGAGGGUAGCGUUUCGGUUGGUAAGCAAGUCGGUGGAGGAUUUGAGCGGGGAUCAGGUUGAGAGGAUGGAGAGGUUGAAGGCGGAGACCAUGGUGGAGGAGAAGGAGUUAGGGGAUGAAUUGGCGAGGAUUCAAGAGAGUGUUGCGGCGCCGCCUAUACUUGAAUUGGCGCGGAGGAUGGCGAGGGGGGAGGAAUGUACUCAGGUGGAAUCAGCUAUGGAGGCGUUGAAGAUGGAGAUGGGGGUGGUGGUAGCGAACGCGGAUAUGUUGAGAACAAGGACGGCGGUGAGGGUGGCGGAUAUAUUGACGCCGGUGCAGAACUUGAAGUUCUUGACGGCGUUGACGGAGUUCCAGAUGAAAGUUAGGGUAGUGGGGUCCCUGUUGAAUCGGUGA